AAUGGUCGUCCAGCUCCUGCGCUGCACCCCCUGACCCCAAGGCGCGAGGUGCGGCCUUGCUGCAUAUUCCUGGAGCAGAGGGUAGCGCAAUUACCGCCCCCCCCGUCCUCCUGAUCUAUGCACAGGGAGACCCACGCCCUGCCGCGGCCCCCCAGGCCUCCCUGCAACACCCGGUAAUGCAAUCCACGGGGGCGGGGGAGGCGGCGGCAGCGACAGCAACAGCAACGACGGCGGCGGCGGCGGCAGCACUGCCUCAAUCUAGAGACAACCAGAAAGAGGAGGAAAAUGGCUCCGAGCAGGGACCGCCUGCUGCACUUUGGGUUCAAGGCGACAAUGUUCUCAAAUAGUGAUGAAGCUGUAAUCAAUAAAAAACUUCCCAAAGAACUCCUAUUACGGAUAUUUUCUUUUCUGGAUGUUGUUACUUUGUGUCGCUGUGCUCAGGUCUCCAGGGCCUGGAAUGUUCUGGCUCUGGAUGGCAGUAACUGGCAGCGAAUUGACCUGUUUGAUUUCCAGAGGGAUAUUGAGGGCCGAGUAGUGGAGAAUAUUUCAAAAAGAUGUGGGGGCUUUUUACGAAAGUUAAGUCUUCGUGGGUGUCUUGGAGUAGGAGACAAUGCAUUAAGGACCUUUGCACAAAAUUGUAGGAACAUUGAAGUACUGAAUCUAAACGGAUGUACAAAGACAACAGAUGCUACAUGUACUAGCCUUAGCAAGUUCUGUUCCAAACUCAGGCACCUUGACUUGGCUUCCUGUACAUCAAUAACAAACAUGUCUCUUAAAGCUCUGAGUGAGGGAUGUCCACUGUUGGAGCAAUUAAACAUUUCCUGGUGUGACCAAGUAACCAAGGAUGGCAUCCAAGCACUAGUGAGAGGCUGUGGGGGUCUCAAGGCCUUAUUCUUAAAAGGCUGCACACAGCUAGAAGAUGAAGCUCUCAAGUACAUAGGUGCACACUGUCCUGAACUGGUGACUUUGAACUUGCAGACUUGCUUACAAAUCACAGAUGAAGGUCUCAUUACUAUAUGCAGAGGGUGCCAUAAGUUACAGUCCCUCUGUGCCUCCGGCUGCGCCAACAUCACAGAUGCCAUCCUGAAUGCUCUAGGUCAGAACUGCCCACGGCUUAGAAUAUUAGAAGUGGCAAGAUGUUCCCAAUUAACAGAUGUAGGCUUUACCACUCUGGCCAGGAAUUGCCAUGAGCUUGAAAAAAUGGACUUGGAAGAGUGUGUUCAGAUAACAGAUAGCACGUUAAUCCAACUUUCUAUACACUGUCCUCGACUUCAAGUGUUGAGUCUGUCUCACUGUGAGCUGAUCACAGACGAUGGAAUUCGUCACCUGGGGAAUGGGGCCUGCGCCCAUGACCAGCUGGAGGUGAUUGAACUGGACAACUGCCCAUUAAUCACAGAUGCUUCCCUGGAGCACUUGAAGAGUUGUCACAGCCUCGAGCGGAUAGAACUGUAUGACUGCCAGCAGAUCACACGGGCUGGGAUCAAGAGACUCAGGACCCAUUUGCCCAAUAUUAAAGUCCACGCCUACUUCGCACCUGUCACUCCACCCCCAUCAGUAGGGGGCAGCAGACAGCGAUUCUGCAGAUGCUGCAUCAUCCUAUGACAAUGGAGGUGGUCAACCUUGGUGAACUGAGUAUUUAAUGACACUUCUAGAGUUACAAUGGAGUCUCCAAUGGAAGCAACCCCAGUGUUCUGGGCAAGGGUUACAAAGUGAGGGCAGCGUCCAGAUCCCCAGAGCCACACAUAACAUGCAAACCCACCCUCACCCCCACCCACUCUAGUUCUGUGACCAGGGGACUGAAGCCCAUGCUGGCUUUAUCAAGUGGAUUGGUAAAACUUAACCAUUCCUGUUGGACAUGCCAAGAAGAAAAUCAUAGGCAAGGUGGAGGGAAGGGGGCAUUCCAGCCAACGCAGUGUUACUGCGCUUGCAGUUUCUUCAUUUUUUGAAGGGGUUUCUUUGGUGAUUUUGGAACAGCAACUGCAGUCCUCCAGGGUCAAGGAAAGCAUAGAAAAACAAUAUGUGUUGUAUCCAGGGACCAGAAAGAAAAAUUCUUUGCAUCCUAUAAAUGGUAGCCAUCUCUCAUGGGAUGACUACAGAGCUUCUGUGCUUCCUUGUUCCCAUGCCAACAUGCUGAGCAUGCUCCCAAAGAAGGCUCAUCCAUUCCUCCUCCUGUGUUUUAAGUAUUUGGCCCAGAGGUUUCCUAAAUGGUUGCACUGAAAUCGCUGCGGUCCAAAUGUGAUUACUUACUCACUCAAAUUGUCACUCUUUCUAGCACACUUGUGCACCUGUCUUUCGUUCUCUGUUGCUCCCUCCUGCACUCUUGCUCGGUCUGUCACCUGUUCAUUGUCUGCUUACUCACACUCAGUUGUUAUUCUUUUGCCGUUGUGUUUACAGUGUGCAUUUUGGAUGAUUAGUUGGGGUUACCAAACAUUUUUAAAAGAGACAUUAUCAAUAAAUAUUUUUUUAAUUCUAAAUUUUACCAUUAGGGGACCCUGCCUGAAUCUUUGCCAGUCUGAAGGGAAACUAUCACAAAACCAAGAAAUGGUAUGAGAAGAAAUUGAGUUAAAACUAUUUUGAUGAAAACAAACUUUGCCUUUUGGUUUCUGUUAUACCUUGUGAUAUAUAAUAAUACGCAUGAUAUGCCCAAUGUUCUCCCUGCACAUUUUUCUUCCCGUCAGACUCCACUAACUUAAUACGGAGAGAGAAAUGCAUUAUUAGUAAAGAGUGGAAUGGCGAAUCCCAAAACUGAGCCCAAAAGCACCCCACACCCAAGCCCAGACAUGUCGGAUGUUCACUGAAAUCUAGGUGUGAGCAGUAGCAUCCCUGAUUUGUGUCUGUGAGGUUGUUUUGUUUCAGUAGGAGCGCUGCUAGAGUUGCUGUGCCGUCUAGCUGGUCAGUUUCUCCCCCCAAGUCCCCCGCCCCGUUCCAGCCUAUCAGGGAUACAAGAAUGACCCUAGAACAGGUGGUCAACUGUGUCAGUGUUGAUGGUGUAUCUCAAAUGUUGGUACCUUGAAGGACCAGAACCAUUUCAAAACCUGUCAACCCUAUCUUUCUUGUGCUCCGGACUUCCCAUGAAUGAAAUACAGGGGUAACCAGGUGAAGGCUUUGAGAGGAAGCAGGGGGUUCAGUGUCUCUGCCCAGCAUGGUCAGCAGAACUGAAGGCACGUAUUCAGUGCCCAUGACUCAGAGGCAAAGAAGAGGCUUCCUUCCUUCCCCCCAAAAGUCAUAAAGGAUGAGGGAACUAAAAUGAGUUUCUAAAGUAUAAGAAGUAGAUUUCUAAACCCCAAAGUUAGAAACCUUAUGUGGUUUUUAAUAGGACACCUUCUUUUUCCUUUUGGUCUUUUAGGACAUUAUUGUGCAGUCUGCCAUGAUCUUAGAUCAUCUUCUGCAUGAUCCAGGCUGUUAAAAGGCUUGUAAUGCUGCAGGUGCUAGCUCUGCCAGCGUAUGUAAAAAUAAAGUAUGACUUAUUUCUCCACAAGCAAUUCGAUGAAAGGAUGCUAGAAAUCUGUACCGUCCACCAUUAUUUUGCAUGUUAAAUUUAUUUUAAAUCCUUUUUUUAUUAUGCCCUUUUAAACGCUCAAAUUACUUUUAUUUUUCAUUCCCCCUUCCCCUUAUCCUCUUUUCAAACUAUCAUAUGAAGAAUAUACUUAAAAAUUUUUUUUAUUUGAGUACAGUUGGCAUAAGGAUAUACCUUUUAAAGUGAGACUCACUCUCCUGGUUAUACCCCACACGUACAAAUAUACACACUUGCACACUUCCAGAUGUGGUUAAUAUUCAGAUCCCCAGGUCACUCAUUCAAACAAAAGUAAAAAGAAUAUUUAGGGGCCAUCUGCUCUAACACAUUAAGGUUUUUUUAGUAUUGCCUGAACAAAUUGACCAUAAAACCGUGAUUGAUUAGUGAGUAUGGGUUUAAAUUGGCCACCAGUUGAGGCCCUUAAGGUACUUCUUUACUUAAAAAGUACAUAAAUGUAAAAGACCUUAUUCACCAGGACAUGAACAUCUUGGAAAUGCCAUUUCUCAACUCAAAGAGUGGACCCACGUGCAGGUCCCUGUGGACUUGCUCAGGCGAUCCCUACCUGUCUGGGCCAAGAGCACAGUCCAGUGAGAGAAAAAAGGAGUGUGAGCACUGUGCUUGUAUGUGGUCAGGCCUUGUUCCUUUCGCAAGAAAACUUCAGGCCCAUCAAGCUUAGAAGGAAAUAGAUUUUUUAUGCCAAUCUGCAACCUACGCCAGCUGAUGAAAUGUACCGGGAAUUUAAGAACCCACAACAUGGUGCCCUAACUGAACAGCUUGGUUCUCCAGCAAAGAACAUGCUGCUCUAAGCUUGCCCUCUCACUUGAGACAAACUCUAUUUGCCAGAAACUACCAUUUGAGGCAAGUGCUUUUUCUGCAUGAAGGGCUUCUGCAACUCCCCCUCACAAGGCAAGUCUCUCUCUUUGUCCAUUUUUAUUCUUAGGAACAUCAGAUCUGCAUCUCUGAAGGCUUUGACCCUUAGGAAAGUCCAUAAGAACCUCUCAGCUGAGUCUGAGUGAAUCUUUGGAGCCCAACAGAAUUACACUUAAUUUUCAGCAGGAAAAAAAAAA